AUGACUGAGAUUGACUUUAAUGAUCGAUCGUUAUCUCAUCGUUCGCCAGCGAACACGUAUUUCUACAAAGCGGGCUUGGUACGGCUCUGGGGCCUCAAAAAAAUUUUUGUCGGAUGAGCCUUGAAUGAAAGGGUCGGUAUGGUAUAGGAUGAUACAUUUUUGUAGCCCUCUAUCGCUUACUAUCAGUCUGUCGGGAAAAUAAUGCAGACAUUCGAAAGAUUAAACUGUAUAGUGGCGGAUCUAAUCCAUUGGCAGAAAACGUAUCAUUUUAGAUCCGGGAAGUAUCAAAAAAUGUAGCAAAAUACCUCUCCAAGUAAAAAACUCCGAUUUCCAAAGCGCGCCUGCUCUUUUUGCGAGGGAAUGGGCGCGCAUUUCUAAACGAGGUUUUUUUAUUGUAGUGGGAGGUAUUUUGCCACAUUUUGAUAGUUCCCGGAUGCAGAAUGGAUCAGGUCCCCCAUGCAGUUAUUCAACGCCAUUUUCAAAAAAUUUCUGCCGAUGAGAAUCUGACCCUCGUCUUUUCAUUACAUCGAUGACAAAAUUUUCGCUAGAUAAACUAUAAGAAACGCAUUUGCAAUUUUAGAUCGCUCUUCACCAUGCAGCACGCUUCACAAUGGCUCCUGGGGUCCGAUUUAGCGGCGAUUCCUCCGACGAAACGGCCGAUUCCAUGUACGCGUGCGCCCACAUGACACUCGAAGCCGGUGGUGUGGCGUAUGGGUAUUGUGAUGGAAAUGGGACUUGUAUGAUCUAUACAAAGUUAUUGGGGUAUGCAGAGGGAAAUGACGGGUGUUACUUUUACACGAGAAAGGAUGAUCAGCCAGAUGAAUGCGUGACCGAAUCACAAGUCGCUUCGGUACUUCAUGAUACAGUUUAUGACAAUGGAAACUGCCCGACGGAUUUCACAUACAAUAGUACUGAAGAGGCGUGUUAUUCGAGCAUGGUAAGCAGGAUUUUUUUUCAAUUUUGCACACACGUUAGGCAUAGGCCACAGAUCAAGACCUGAAAAUUUUAGCUCAUGGUUUUCCGGAGUGGCUGAGAUAUUUAACGAUUUUUGAGGGGGUAUGCGAGACGUGGAGAGAGGUCAGAGAGAAAAAAAUUAGUUUUUGGCCGUAUCUUUGCCAGUUUCAUGUCGAAAGAAUUGAGUUUUUCUGUAGGAAUUGCGGUCUACGGUCGAAAUAGACAUUAAACCUUUCAACCCCUACAAAAAAUUAGUUUUUUGGUCUACUAAACUUAAUUUUGAACUUACUAGGGAAGUGUACAUACGAACCCUCACCAAAUGAUAAGCGACAUAUGUCAUUGAAGAGCCCUUGAAAAAUGGUGCAAGGCACCAUUUUCAUUUUUUGCAGAAUGACUUUCCGCGACGACAUACUGUAAAUUGUAUUAUUUUUAGGCCAUUUUGCAACAAAAAUCUUUCUUUCUCUUGGACAGGAAAAAAUCCUCGAAGAGGGUUACUUCAAUAGUGUAGUGGUUGCUGAGCAGGCUGAUAAGCCAAAGCAAGCCGGGUUCAGUUCCCAGCUUGCGAAAAAUCAUUUUUGCGUUCUUACAGUUAGGAAAAUAUUUGCGUUAAACUUUUACAAACGCUUUAAUUUUACUGGAAGACGGUCGGUUACGGUUACAACCAUCAAACUUACAUGUUUUUCAACAUUUAAAAACGUGAAAAGUGUUUUUUCACAUUAUGGGUACUUAAACCCAGUAAAUAUCAUAGGUAAAAUGGUCUUACUGGCAAGCGCUAAACUUCAUAAUGAUCCUUAUGCUAACCUAGUAGUAUUCCGUACCAUUUAGCGUUUUGAAAUAACAUUUAUUAUGCCCCGCAGCAGAUAUUGUAACUACUUAUGGGACAAAUCAACCGUUUAUAAUUUUUUGCCCUGAGGCAUUCUGCAAAAAAUGAAAAUGGUGUCUUGCACCAUUUUUCAAGAGCUUUCCAACGGUGUAUAACACUUGCCAUUUGGCGAGGGUUCGUUUGUACACUUCCCUAGUUAGCCAAUGAAAAUUCCCGAAUUUGUAAUCGAAAUUUUUCUUGGCCUCGACUUAAACUUGAACUUUAAUUUAAAGUUAUUGAAAAGCCCGACCUUGAACUUGAACUUUGGAAUUCGUAAAGUCCUCUUCUUGACGAACAAAUUUCAGAGUGAAUCCGACUGUAACAAGUACUCAGCGACUUGGAAAUACACUUACAUGCCCGAUGCCACCUAUCCCUGCGCCUUGUAUCCGAGCUCGCAAAGUAAGGGUCUCUACACUUUCAAAGAUUCUGUUCUUUACAGCUUCGUACGUUGACGACUACGCCUGCCAAAAUUACGGAUCAACACUGCAGAUCUUCAAGGGCAAUGCGUAUUGCUACUCAAGGAUCGCUGUGCCCAGCUCUGUAGGUCCCUCUUUGUAUCAUUAUUUUUUGUAAAUCGUCCAACUUUUUGUGUUGUUUUCAGAUGAACAACGACUCAACAUUGGUCACCACCGAUGGCUGUUCAUGGCUGUACGAUGUUGAUUCUCAUACAGUAAUUGUUGAAACACAGCUCGAGAUUGAUUGGUUGUACGGUAGGUGGCAUUGUAAAGCCCCAAAUCUACAGCAGUCUAAACAAAUUUUUCUAUAAAAACAAGUCUCGAGAAGCCUUGCAAUGCAGUGUUUUACAGUCCUUAUUUGCACUAGUCAAGCCCAAAAUUUCAGCGACAUUCGGAGAGAUCAUGUUGGGCGCUUAUGGCACAACAACCUGGGGAAUGAACUUUGCCAACAAUUACAAGUUCUAUGACAACAGUUCGGCCUCCAGUUUCUUGAGUCAGAGCUCGAUCAUGCGCAGUACCGCCGGCUUCAUGUACGCGGCUGGAAGUGAGUUUUUAUUAAUUUUUUUCACAAAAAAAACUUUAUUUUUCUAGCCAUGGUGAACACGACGAACAAGUUGCCCGGCAACUACAUUUUAUGCAAAUACGACGCGGUCUCGGCUCAAUGUUAA